AUGGCAAUGCUGGAGCCCUACCGUCAUCUUUCCCGCCGCCAACAAGCGCCUUCGUAUGCCACCGCCGCCAUCCUCACGCCGCGCGCAGCCGAACCCGUGACGGGACUAUGGCGUGCCGUACGGCAGCGCGACAUCCUGGGCAGCGCGAUCGCAAGCGCAACCAUCCUAUCCAAAGCAGCACCCAUCUUCCUAUCCAACAUCCCGUUCCGGUCCACGCUGACCUGGGACGCGCACCUGGUGUGCGCGUGGACGUGCAAAAUUGCCACCCGGAAGUCGAGUGACAACGGGCGGUGA